AUAGAUUAUGUAUCAGAUUUGAUUCUAAACAGACCAAAUUAUUAGUUCAAAGUGUGAAACAUCAACCCAGUUAACAGGAAGUAAAUGUGGUUUAUGAAGCCACCAAAUUCUCUAAAAUAAUCAGACCUCCAUUAGAGCCCUGUUAACUUUUAUCUGCACACAUGUAGGGCAUCAAUAACCUGCACUUGUUGGCACGGCAACAGGAACAUGUGGUUUCACUUGGCUCCUGUGAGCCUCAGCUGUCUCUUAAUGUAAAGAAGGCUUAAACUCUUUCAGCUCCAGCUCUGAUGGAUUCAGGAUCAACUUUAUUCCCCCGAUUUCUCAUCAACAACAUAAAUAGUAAAACUGUUUUAAUCUCCCAUUUUUUUUUCAGUUUUGUUUAGAAAUUAGGAUUUUGUAGAAAUCAUCUUUUUGCCCUGAUUCUAUAAAGCUGUGUUUUAAAACGUUUCUGUCUGUCGGCGUUCAGGAAUAAUAAUCCUGGGAUUGGAAAGAUUGUGUAAUGUUGCUGUCUGACUGGAAACUACACACAUGCACGAGAGUUAAAUCAAAAAUGUAGAUAUUUCCCCUCAAGGUGCAACUCCUUUAACAGCUGUGUCCUCCUACUGGGGUCAGUUCCUUUCUGCUCCUUCUGGGUUUUACACACAAAGUAUUUCCCCUUUUUGAUCUGUUAUUUAUGUGUUUAUGACUUUAGUGUAAAUUAGCAACACAUUUAAUCAGACAAGGAUAAUCUGAUCAAAACAUGAUUUCCUUUAUUAAAGGAACAAGGUUGUCCAAACCACCUUAUGUCAGAAAAUUAGUUGGAUCACUUGUUUGGGAUAACUGAGUAUGACUUUAUUCUCACUCUUUACAGUGAUUGAUUUCAGCCCCAUUGGAGGAUUUUCCAGAAGGAACGCAUUGUUUAAGGUCAAAGGUCAGAUGUUCUCCUUCAUGAUGUUCUGCUGGAAAGCAAAAUGCAUGGUUCCAUUAGUUCCAGCAGAUGGUGCACCAGCCCCAGACCAUCACACUUCCACCGCCAUGUCUGACUGCUGGUGUGAUAGUGUUACUGGAAUGGGACACCUUCAGAAAGUUCUGUUUUGUUUCAGGAAGAAUAUUUUUCUCAUCCAGAGUUAUUGUUUUUGUCCCUGUGAAGCUUUUUGAGAUAAGAAGGUUUGAAUAAAAUGAUUUAUUACUUCCACAGGUCUGGGUGUGACUGCUGGAUCUGAGCUUGGUCUAAUGCUUUAUCAGGGGUCUUCCUCGCACAGGACCAGUUUGGUUUGGAUGGUUUUGUUAGCAGAAGACAGUGAAAAUGGUUAACAUCCUUUUUUUUUUUACAGUAAAUCAUUGUUCAGUCUUUAUUCAUCAUUUUUACUUUUCCGUGUACAACAAGAGGCAGCUCUGCUUCAAGAUAGCGUCUUCAUAAUGAAACUUGUGAACCCUCUCCCUCUCCGCUCCUACAGUCAUUUCUUCAUGCCUACAAUGAGGUUCUUGUGUGCUACUGUCUGAGCGAAGCCGCAGAAAUGCCUUGGCGCGGGAGCUGGAGACGUCAUGGAUUCCUGAGUGUGGGGCUUUGCAGGAAAGCCCUGAGUCUCGGACAUGGGCCGGUUCCAGGUUUCCAUGGCAAAGGCGCACAAACAGGAGGAAACAGUGAGGGAAUCCCGUUAUUUUACAGCACUGGAGCAUUAUAAACACCCAGAGCGAGGAAGGAAACUGCGCCUGAUGCUCAAGUAUUACUUAUAGAGCUCGAGGAAGGGAGGCUUCACAGCAGAAUCUGCAGGAGCUGCUGCUGCCGCGUGCUUAUGCGGGGAAAGUACAUUUGCGCGCAGCUUUUGAACUCCUUUUACAGAACAUUUUUCUUUUGUGUAUUUUGUUUCCUCCCCAGAAGACAGUCUGCUCUGCUAUGGCUGUCUGGAGAGAAUGAAUUAGAGCAGCGCCCUUUCUUUUUUAUUUUUAAUUCCUUUUUGGUUUUUGUUGUUUCAUCCAUAUGUUCAAGGAGAACUGGAGACAGCUGGCUCAGUACCACAUGAUGCGGUCCAUGGAUCAAGGUACUGCUGAAGUGUUGUGAUUUUCUGGUAAUGAAAAUAUUUGACUUUUUCCUUGAUAAAACUUCACCAUGGUGUGUAAAGGGCUGACAUUAUGGGAAAUAAUCCGUUAAAGAAAUUCAGCGCAUUAGACGAGACACAAAAUUGUUUCUAAUGGGUUAAAAAAAAGUCCAAGAGACGCUUAAUAAAAGUUCGCUCUUCUUUAUUUUCCUCUCCAAACUGAAAUGUUCCGUUUGGAAUUGGUUGAUGUGCAAUAAUAAACCUCCAGAUUUACCAGCUGGAACUUCCCGCCGACUGAUCGCGCACUCCAGCGCGCUGGGUGUGUUGCGUCGUGCGUAAAUUUGGGGAUACCCCCGAGGAGAACCUGUGCGUCGUCUGACAACAAAGAGCGCGUGACCAGGAAGACCAAUCCGAAGCAGACCGGUAGAUGAUGCAGCAGAAAACAAUGCAUGCAUACUUUAUCCCCAUUUGUAGUAAAUAUUUCUGUUGGCUGCUGGUAACCCGGGAACUGCCGAACCCGCUCCCCUCAGCGUCACUGCAGCCUGUCCAACACCCGGGGGCAGCACCAGGCUGCGCGCCAGAGCCGUCGCUCUGCAGCGGUAAUGUCUGUCGCUUCCCGCUCGGCGAGUCUCCUGAGUCGGGGUUGGAGGUGGGGAGGCGACUCAGCCCGCUGAUGCGCACAAACAAGCGCUCCGUUUGUAAAUAGACCCGCCUUCAGCGGCAAGUAGAAACAGGAAGCUGCCGCUCCACCACCUGCAGCCUCGCCACCGAUGCGUGACUUGGAGCUGGUUCCCAGCAGCGUCGCACCGUCCUCAGCAGCCCGGAGUAGUCCUCCUCACAGGGGAGAGAGAGGAGACCACAGAUGACCUCCUUCUACAGCGAGACGGAUCUGGAGGAGGAGCUCGUCCACAUCCACUGUCCCGAUGAGGAUUUGCAGUUUGAGUACUUGUUUGAGUAUGAUCCGCCCUGCAGCGACUUCUCUGGGGCUGAUGCAGAUGACCCGGGCCUUGCAGCUCACAAAGGGCUCAGUCCAGAAUCGGAGCAGGUGUUACCGCUGGAUGAGACGUCCCCUUACAGGGUCAAGUCCUGUAGCCCCUCCUACACCGAGCCUGGCACUGAGGUCCUCUCAGGGUAUGGAAAUCAGGAGGCCAGGAAGUACCUGGACAACGCCCGGCCCACAGGCUUGGCCCUGAGUCCUCGCAUUGAGAUCACUCCUUCUCGCGAGCUCUACAGUCACGGCCGGGACUCCUUGCAGAACCAGUACCUGAACAUCAGCCCCCGACCCACCCUCACCGUUCCUGGCUAUGACAACCUGGCCUACCGUGAACCUCAGUGCCUGAGUCCUGCCAGCAGCAACUCCUCCACCAGUUGGCACUCUGAGAACUACUCACCGUGGGCGUCCCCGUGUGUGUCCCCCAGCAACAGCCAGAAUCCUGGAGAUCUGUGCCCUCGCUUGCAGGGCAUUCACACCAGCUCCCCACGCACCUCCCCAGGCACCUCCCCCCGCACCAGCUUGGCCGAGGACAGCUCCCUGAGAGCUCGCUCGCCCUCGCCGCGGUCCGGGUCCCGCUCCACCUCCCCACAGGGAAAACGCACCUACGAGAUGUACCGGAAUUCAGGGCCGAUUCCUGGGCACCGCUCCCGCACCCCCUCUCCAGGCCAGGAGGAGCACAACACAGGAGGCCUCUAUGCACACAGUGGCCUUGUUGAAGGUGUGAAUGGGGUUGGCAGUGGUCAGCCAGGCCUGGUGCCUACUAAAAUAGUCAAAACAUCCAAUCAAGUUUACACUCUGUACCCGGAGAGCCACGGACAGGGGAAUUACUUGGUGUCCUGUGACCAGGACUUGAAAAGCACACCUUCUGCCGAGCCCUUCUUUGUCCUCCCGCAGAUCUGGCCCAAACCGCUGGUUUCCAGCAUCUGCAGCAUCCCUCUGGCUUCGUACCCCCCUCUGGAGUGGCCCCUCCCCACUUGCACGGACCAGUAUGAGCUCCACAUCGAGGUGCAGCCCAAACCCCACCACAGGGCUCACUACGAGACCGAGGGAAGCCGGGGUGCUGUCAAAGCCCCCACGGGAGGGCAUCCUGUUAUACAGUUACGCGGUUACAGAGGCACUGAUCCGCUGGGGCUACAGAUUUUUAUUGGCACAGCAGAUGAGCGCAUCCUGAAGCCUCAUGCUUUUUAUCAAGUUCAUCGCAUCACUGGUAAGACUGUCACCACCAGCAGCAUGGAGAAGAUGGUGAACGGCACCAAAGUCCUUGAGAUCCUACUGGAGCCAAAGAACAACAUGAAAGCAAUAAUCGACUGUGCUGGGAUUCUGAAGCUCAGAAAUGCCGAUAUCGAGUUGAGGAAAGGCGAAACGGAUGUUGGUCGGAAAAACACCCGAGUUCGUCUUGUGUUCCGCGUGCACAUACCUCAGCCUGGAGGGCAGCAAGUCUCUCUCCAAGUGGCCUCGCAUCCCAUCGAGUGCUCUCAGCGCUCAGCCCACGAGCUUCCCAUGGUGGAAAAGCAGGACUUGGACAGCUGUUCGGCUUCGGGUGGACAGCAGAUGAUCCUGACUGGGCAGAACUUCAGCUCUGACUCAAAGGUCAUUUUUCUGGAGAAGACUCCGGAUGGACAACAAAUCUGGGAAAUGGAAGCAACAGUGGACAAGGACAAGAGCCAGCCUAGUAUGCUCUUCGUUGAGGUUCCUUCUUACCGAGACACCUCCUUGUGCCGUCCUGUCAAAGUCAGCUUCUACGUCAUCAACGGCAAGCGAAAGCGUAGUCAGUCUCAGCAUUUUACCUACACCCCGCUGACAUCUCCAUGCAUUAAAGCAGAGCCUCUUGAUGAAUACGAAGCAAACCACAUGGCCUACGGAGGGCCUCAGAUCUUACCACCUCAUUCCUACUACCAUAACCCUCGCAGCAUACUCCACCCAGACAAUGGCCUCGUAUCCAGCAUGGCCUCCUGCCAGCGUUUCAGCUCCAGCCUUCCAAACCAUGAUGCACGAUUCCAACGCCAGAGUCCUACUGUUGUCUACUCCCGUGGAGGGAGGAGCCUCAGUGAUAGCCCUGGCUCUUGGCAGACUGUUGGUGUGAUGACUGACCCCCAUCGGUCAGUUCUUGCCCACACGGGGCCACCAGUCCAGUCUGUUGGUCCCAUCAGUCCACCUCAACACUCCUCCAUCAUCCAGUUCUCCCCCACCAACCACCACCUACUUCGAAGUGGAGAUGCUCCAACCCUCCCUCCUCCUCAACCUGAUAACCAACAAAUGAUCUACUGUGACGGCUACUCCCCGCAGCCUUCCCCUCACUCACCCACACACCCCCAGUCCCACCCAGAGCACUGUCCCACUGUGAUUCAGCAGAAAGACCGUGCCCCAUCUGGGACCAGACAGAUGGAGGCCUCGGGAGGCGUGCAGCGGCGAGUGACGAUCAAGGAGGAGAACCUAGACCAGGCCUACCUAGAUGAUGGUGAGUUGAAUGAGAUCAUAAGAAAGGACCUGACGGGCGUUCAGGCCAGAGGACAAACAUAAAUGAAGACCCGCAGCAGGAAGUGACAACAUAUCCUGGUUCCGCCUUUAUCCUCAGACACACACGUACACACAAGCGUCGGCUUUCCAGCGAGGCAGCGCACGUCCACCAACAAUGCCAGUGAAGUGUUUCUUCACCUACACGGUCAGAAACAUCGCCUCCUGGCCUCUGUGUUUGCUUUGGUUGGUUUUCCCUGCAAUAAAAAAAGGUGUAAACAGAAAGGAUCACCAGACGUCUGCACUCAGGCGUUAAACGCACAGGAUCCCUCAGAAAAAAUAGAGUUCAGAAACUGUUAAAGAACAAAACGAUGCAUUGGGAGCAACCAAGAGCUCUGUCCUCACUAUUCAGGCAAAAAAACUCCCACCUGUCUGCCUUAUCGUUGAGCAAAAUCCUCAUGUAGCAACCGUUUUACCAAAUACUCCCAACGGGUUCAUGUUAUACCAAAAACAAAGCACUGGUGUGAGGCUAUCGAGAUCUCUCUUGUGUAAACUGUUCAGAACGUUCACAUUGAUCAUCUCGUUUCUGCGCAGUUUUCUAAACGAAGUCCAGCGCACGCCGCCUUAAGCAUGUAAUUAUGGAUUAGUAUGGCAGCGCCUAAAAUAGGUAAUGGGGAGGGUUAGGACUUUUUAUAUAAUAUCUGAAUCAUGUGAAUAAUGUACUAUUUUAUACUCCUAUUUAAUCGCGUUAAGGUGCCAACAUUUCUUCAUAUGUGCCUGUGAUGCGGAGAUGUCAUGGAUUUACAUGUUUGUAAUGAAUUGAUGAGUUCUUUGUGGAAUAAUUCAGGCUCAUUUUGUCAGAAUGAAUCAGUUAAAUGGGUCCUUUACCUUUUUCAAUCACAAGUCUGUCGGUUUCAUCAAUUGUAAUGACAUCUGUCAGUCUGAAACAAAAUACUAUCAAAAACCUGGUGUGUUGUUGUGUGUAGCUCUUCUCUGUGUGAUGACAUCAGAAGUGAGUUGACCAAUAAUGUCUUACCUGAUGCAGGCCGCUUCUUAAACCAUCUGAGUUUGGAAACGGCAGCAUGUGUGAGCUAAUGGCUAAAUCUGGGUUUAAGUGGAUCGCUGCCAUCUUAAAUAAUAAUUAAAAAAACUCAUCGCUGCUGUAAAAUUCACACCACAUGUUUAUUUGUUUAUUUUCAAUUGGUUAUUUACAGCUUAACUCAGUAGCAGAGCUACUCCCAGUUGGAAUUUCACAACAAUUGUGUCCAUGAAACCAUGAAAAGCAACAUCCGGUGGUGGUUACGCUUAAUUACACGACGGGGGAUGAGAGUUGCUUUAAGAUGGCAGAACCCACUUCGCCUGCGGCGACCAGCUGUUGUAAAUCCGUUUCUGCGUCUCCAAACCGACGUCACCCAAAGAUCCAUGGGUAAGACGUGGCCAGCUCUGUGUGGAAACCCGCAUGGAAACAUCUCAGUAAUCACUUACUUAGUUGUGCCACUGUAGAAAAGGAAAAUGUAAGAAUAAUAACUGAAAGUUAUCGAUAAAGUUAUCGCAUUGUUUGUGUUUAUGAGGUCCCUAAUUCGGAAAAAAAAAGUGUCAAAUAUUUUAUUUGAUCAAUAAUUUCGUCACUGAGCCAGCAGUGCACAAAAGCCUUUAAUAGUUAAUGAAUGUAAUCUGUUAUAAAAUAUUAAACCUUCCCUUUUCUGUGUAAAUAUUAGAAACUGGUCAAUGUCUGAAGUUUCUGUUGUGUCUCGUGUAAAACUUUGCAGUCAUCCUUCUAGAAGUUGUGUUGUAGUUGAUCCUAUAGUCGUGUCACAGUAUGACAUCAUUACUAAUAGAUGGGUUAAUAAUGAUGAACUGUUUUAAUGUCUUUGUUCGUGGUCUUAAUUAAGCUGAACUCCUUUGUGCCUCUGUAAGAGUCUCUUCAUGCGACAUCUGUAAACUCAAGAGAAGCAAUAAACAACCAGAGAUGUUGUGAA